CUUCAAAAGAUACACCAAAAAUUGAACUGAAGAAUUCCAAGCAAGUUGACUGGAUUUCCUUGUAUAUUCUUGUUCCACAUCCUGUAAAGGACCAGAGAAAUCAGAUUGGUGGGUUUUGGUUUCCUCCAGCCGUGGAUGCCUUUGACAUUAUGACCGCAGAGGAUUCCACCGCAGCCAUGAGCAGCGACUCGGCCACCGCAUCCUCUGCCAAGGUGCCCGAGGGUGUGGCCGGAGCGCCCAACGAGGCGGCCUUGCUGGCGCUGAUGGAGCGCACGGGCUACAGCAUGGUGCAGGAGAACGGGCAGCGCAAGUACGGUGGUCCGCCGCCGGGCUGGGAGGGCCCUCACCCGCAGCGCGGCUGCGAGGUCUUCGUAGGCAAGAUCCCACGCGACGUGUAUGAGGACGAGCUGGUGCCCGUGUUCGAGGCGGUGGGCCGCAUCUACGAGCUGCGCCUCAUGAUGGACUUCGAUGGCAAGAACCGCGGCUACGCCUUCGUCAUGUACUGCCACAAGAACGAGGCCAAGCGCGCGGUGCGCGAGCUCAACAACUACGAGAUCCGCCCCGGCCGCCUGCUCGGCGUCUGCUGCAGCGUCGACAAUUGCCGCCUCUUCAUCGGCGGUAUCCCCAAGAUGAAGAAGCGUGAGGAGAUCCUGGAGGAGAUCGCCAAGGUUACCGAGGGUGUGCUCGAUGUGAUCGUCUACGCCAGCGCCGCCGACAAGAUGAAGAACCGUGGCUUCGCCUUCGUGGAGUACGAGAGCCACCGCGCCGCCGCCAUGGCGCGCCGUAAGCUCAUGCCUGGCCGCAUCCAGCUGUGGGGCCACCAGAUCGCCGUGGACUGGGCUGAGCCCGAGAUCGACGUGGAUGAGGAUGUGAUGGAGACCGUGAAGAUCCUCUACGUGAGGAACCUCAUGAUCGAGACCACGGAGGAUACCAUCAAGAAGAGCUUCGGCCAGUUCAACCCAGGCUGUGUGGAGCGUGUCAAGAAGAUCCGCGACUACGCCUUUGUGCACUUCGCCAGCCGCGAGGACGCAGUUCAUGCCAUGAACAAUCUCAACGGCACCGAGCUGGAGGGCUCGUGCCUCGAGGUGACGUUGGCCAAGCCGGUGGACAAGGAGCAGUACUCCCGCUACCAGAAGGCAGCCAAGGGGAGCGGCGCGGCGGAGACGGCGGUGGUGCAGCAGCCCAGCUAUGUGUACUCUUGCGAUCCCUACAUGCUGGCCUACUACGGCUACCCCUACAAUGCGCUCAUCGGGCCCAACAGGGACUACUUUGUAAAAGCAGGCAGCGUAAGAGGCCGGGGUCGAGGUGCAGCUGGCAACAGAGCCCCAGGGCCCAGGGGUUCCUACCUCGGGGGAUAUUCUGCUGGCCGUGGUAUAUAUAGCCGAUACCAUGAAGGGAAAGGAAAGCAGCAAGAAAAAGGAUAUGAACUUGUUCCUAAUUUGGAAAUCUCUGCCGUCAAUCCAGUUGCCAUUAAACCCAGCACAGUGGCCAUCCCUGCCAUCGGGGCCCAGUAUUCUGUGUUUCAGGCAGCUCCCCCUCCUAAAAUGAUUGAAGAUGGCAAAAUCCAUACAAUGGAGCACAUGAUCAGCCCCAUCGCGGUGCAGCCUGACCCAGCCAGCGCUGCUGCAGCUGCAGCAGCAGCCGCCGCUGUCAUUCCCACUGUGUCCACGCCACCGCCUUUCCAGGGCCGCCCAAUAACUCCAGUAUACACGGUGGCUCCAAACGUUCAGAGAAUUCCCACUGCUGGGAUCUAUGGGGCCAGCUAUGUCCCAUUUGCUGCUCCUGCCACAGCCACGAUCGCCACACUACAGAAGAACGCAGCAGCCGCCGCUGCCGUUUAUGGAGGAUAUGCGGGCUACAUACCUCAGGCAUUCCCUGCUGCUACCAUUCAGGUUCCCAUACAUGAUGUCUACCAGACAUACUGAGACUGGUGACAGAGCGGAGACAAACCGUGAACUACCACUGAAGGAACGCUUUACUAUUUAUGAAGAAGGACCCUGGUGGAUUAGCACACAUAUGAAACCUGAAAGUGAAGAAUGUUAUCAAAUAGCAUACAGAAAUAUUUUAUAUACAUGAAGUUUUCACUAGUUUUUUAAGACUCCUUUCGAUUUAGCAGGCCUGUGUUCAUACAUUUCUGAGAGACUUGCAAUGGCUCGUGCCUUAAUACCAUCUCUUAAAAAUUUGUAUGCUGUAGUACGUUUGUAUAGAGGUUUUUGUUUUUGUAUUUUUAAGGAUAUAUUUUCACUAUGAAGGUUAUUUUCUUAAUUUCUGCACUCCAGAGAUUUCUAUUUUGUAGUACCUUCAAUAAUAUAUCAACUAUAUAUUGAAAAGCACACUUGAGCAGCUAGGGAACUGUUUUGAAAAAUAUAUUCAAUAUUUAAAGAUACAAACAAUAGUGCUUUAAAAAUACUACAUAAAACGUUAUUUUAAAAACUAUACUGGAAAGUGCAAUUUUAAAAUUAGUUAAAUCUCUAUUUCUGCUGGCUUUAAGAGUUGACAGUGUUCUCAUGUAUUAUCUGUGAUGGUUCUUUUUUUUUUAUAAGAAAUUGAACACUCGAUCUCUCCUUAAGCCAACAUUGAAAAGACUUGUCACACUUCUGAGUCCAAACACUGAAAGGCUCCUACCUGCCACCAUUACCCUGGGCCCCUGCUUGUUCUCCAUGAGUCUUUGCUCUUAAACAUGUUCCCUCCCCAUGGCCCUAACUCACCCCUGCUUCCUGUCCCCAGUCCCUCCUCUGUGUUUGGCAAGUGUAGAGCAAAUGAAUUACUCUGAUAGAGGAAACAUUGAUGGAUUUUGUACUUCCUGGGUUUUUGUCGGGGUUUUUUGUUGUGUUGUUUUAUUUUGGUUGGGGAGGUAUUUUCAUAGUAGAGUAUGUGUAAACACAGGAUUUUAAUAGUUGGUGUAAGACAUCUUUGCAUAGCUAUUUAAUUGUCUAGUAUAAAACUUUCAUUCCUUGUCUAACGCUUUUAUUUUAUUUGUUUUUGAAGCAUGAGGUUGUGGGGACAGUGAAUGUUGUUGUAGACAAGGCCCCCAAACACUCAUGUCACAGAAAGUGAUGCUUCUAGUUGCCUUAUCAUGUUUCAUGCACAGUGUCUGUGGGUGUCAAGGGUGUGGGAAAUACUGUGUUUAUUGAACAGGGCUUUCCUCCAUUGCUGUGCACGAGGCUGUGAACUGAAUUGGGGUGUGCACAUCCAGGAGAAGGAAGAGAGACCUGCAGGAAUUAAAAGAUAGUUUGUAAAUAUCUCCUAAUGCUUGUUUUUAGUUGUUUUAUGUUGCAGAAGUUCAUGGUAUAUAGUUUAAUGCCAAAUGAAACCAUUUUAUUUCAAUGUUAUGAAAAUCUUUUGUUUUAUUAGGAGGUUAAUGUAUUCUUGCAGUGUUUUGUGCCUGUUUAAAGGCUUUUAUUUAGCAGAGUGAAUGUAAAAUACAGUAAAAUGUUAAGAUUGUCAUCUCUUUUAUGAACUACAUUAAUUGGAAUUUUUUUUAAGGCUCUAUCAAGGAAGUGAGGUGUGCAAUAGGUAGCAGGUACACAGUUGUGUUUUUAUGUCAUAUUAGAGAUCUGCAAAAUCCACUCACUGAAUUUUUGCUAAUGGCUGAAUUAUUAUUUGUGGAUAAAUAAGAAGGUUAUGCCUUUAGCAAACAUUUUAGUUUUGUUUUAACUUAAAUUAAGAGAUUCCCAUAUGCCCUUUCUCCUCCCUCAUCUUAGAGGGGGAUGAAUUUUUUUAUAUAUAAGCAAUAUUUAUUUAACUAUUCUGUAAAAUUAUCAAGUGCCUACACAGGCCUUUAAACAUUCCUAACAUUCCUUUCCAUCGUUCUCAAGUGACAUAAAGUAAUUGUGCAAUGUUCCUGAUGAUGUACCCAGCAAGCGAUAUCCAAACUCAAAUCUGUUAGAAUGAGUAAUCCAACAAAAUACAUUUGGAUCAGAUCCUCAUCCUUUUGCUUUGUGUGAAAGAAGUACUCACCUUCCAGUGUGGGAUUGUCCCCGAGGUUCACUGGAUGAGACUCUGACCCAGUGGUCUUACUGUAUUUUACAUAUGCCUGUAAAUUAUUUGCAAAAAAAUAAAAAGAUAAUAGAAAGGAAACCAGAUGGUAUCUUAACAUGUCAACAACCAAACUACCUUACAAAUGAAUGUUGGUGACAUAGCCAGUUAAGUGUCAGUGAGCCUCCUGUCUACGGUCUGCCUGUUCCUGUUUGAAACCAUUUCAUAUACACUACUGAGGUAAGUUUAUAACUUGAAAUGUGAACCUUUUUUUUUUUUUAGGGUUAAGAACAAACUAUAUAAAUGUUUAAAAAAAAAAGCUUUCCAAGUUCUCUGUUUUCAGACCCUUUUCAAACAUGCUAGUGUUUAGUUAUUAUCUUUAGUUGCUUUGUAUUUGAUAAGUUAGAUCUUGCUCCAUUUACAGUACAUUCUUAGGAUGUAUGUAGUAAAUAAAGCUUUCUUUAAAGCAAUUUCAAGA